AUGGUCGUCCUGAGAGCUAGAUCGGCCGCGGUCUUUGCGCUGCUGGGAAGCCUUUUCUCUUCAGCAGCGAGAAUUGAUCAAACCUUGCGGCAAUACAAUGUCGGACCCUCAAGCUCGCCCGAGAUUCGGGACGGCGAUUCGAGCAGCGCGUCUGUCUACAAUACUGCUUUCCCUGGGGUGUCUUGGGACCUGCACAACUGGCGUCUGACGAGCUCCGUGUUCGACCAAGGGCACUACCAAUCCCGCGGCUCCGUGGCCAACGGCUAUAUAGGACUCAACUCGGCCGGUGCUGGCCCGUUCUUCGAGGUGGAUGUGCCCGUGAACGGCGACAACUCCAAUGGAUGGCCGCUGUUUUCUCGUCGACAGGCGUUUGCCGGCGUUUCUGGAUUCUGGAAUGUGCAAGACGGCGGAGAAAGCUUUAUUUCGGGCAUUCCGCAUUGGGGUGGCAUUAUUCUUGACCUUGGGAAUGGCACAUAUCUCGACGCGGGUGUAGACGGCGCGACGAUUUCCGAUUAUACCACGACGUUUGACUACAAGGCCGGCGUGUUAUCGUGGAAUUAUACAUGGUCACCUAAAAACCAAUUGGCUAGGUUCAAGGUCCAGUUCCAGGCGUUUGCUCACAAAUUGGACAUCAACGUCGGUGUGGUGCGCAUGCUCGUCGAACCGUCUGUAGACGUGAGCGCGAGCAUCGUCAACGUUCUUGAAGGCGCUUGCGCUGUUCGAUCGACGUUUGUCGAGACUGGUUCCGAAAGUGAUUUUAUUUACUCGGCCGUCCACCCUCUCGGGCUUCCCGAUACCACGGCUUACGUGUUUGCAACACUUAGCUUCGACCCCAGUCGCAACGUUAGCUCAGCACGGCUUACCCAAGAGGAGCCAUAUCUUCAGAAUAGCGAUUCUAGCAUUGGCGGCAAGUACAGCCUCGAUCUGACAGGCAAUAAACGUGUGGAAGUUACAAAAUAUGUCGGGAUUGCAUCGACAGACGCCUUCGAGAACCCGAAAGAUCGGGCGAAAACCGCCGCUCAGCAGGCUGUCAAACAAGGCUUCGACAGCGCUCUUCGGUCCCACGUUUCGGAAUGGGCUGAUGUGAUGCCUGAUCAAUUUGUCGAUGACUUUCGUCUUGACAACGGCGCUCUUCCCGACGAUCCGGCCAUCAUAGACGACUCGAUUAUGGCCGUUGUAAACCCAUUCUACCUCCUUCAGAAUACCGUUGGGGAGAAUGCCAUUGUCAAAUCGUCGGGUAGCCCUCUCAACCAAAAUAGCAUUUCCGUGGGUGGACUUGGCUCCGAGACGUAUGCUGGCAUGAUAUUCUGGGACGCCGAGACGUGGAUGCAGCCUGGCCUCCUAGCCGCGUUUCCCGCCGCCGCCAGGACUAUCGCGAGUUACCGAGUAGCUCACUAUGAGCAAGCGAAACUGAAUGCACAGAUGGGGGGCGGCACCUCCAAGAGCGGAAUCGCUAUGCCUAAAGAUGCAGCUUUGUAUUCCUGGACCAGUGGCCGUUUUGGAAACUGUACGGGCACGGGAGCUUGCUGGGACUACGAAUACCACAUCAACGGCGACAUUGGACUGGCCCUAAUUAAUCAAUGGGUCGCCUCUGGGUUUGCUAGCAUCCUGCAGCCAAAUGGAAGUAAAUGGACACUCACCGACAUGACUGAUCCUGACGAGUAUGCCAAUCAUGUUGAUGCUGGCGGCUACACCAUGCCGCUCAUUUCGCAGACCCUUCGCUAUGCCACCCAGUUCAGGCAGCAGUUCGGCCUCGUGCCUGAUGUAAAAUGGGCAGAGAUGGCAGACAAUAUCGUGUUCCUCAGAGACAACAACAUCACACUCGAAUAUACCACUAUGGAUGACAAUGUCGUUGUCAAGCAAGCCGAUGUCGUGUUGGACACAUACCCGCUACAUUACACUUACAACUAUGGGCCUGAGGACUCCUUGAACGAUUUGAAUUAUUAUGCUGCUAAGCAGUCUGCGGAUGGACCUGCCAUGACGUGGGCAAUAUUUUCCAUUGUGGCGAACCAGGUCUCCCCUUCUGGAUGCUCGGCGCACACCUACGCACGAUACUCAUUUUCUCCCUACGCCCGAAGUCCCUUCUAUCAGCUGUCUGAGCAGAUUGACGACAAUCCAAAUGCCAACGGCGGGACAUACCCAGGGUUCCCGUUCUUGACAGGCCAUGGCGGAGCAAAUCAAGUUACCCUGUUCGGCUACUUGGGAUUACGAUAUCUUCCAGACGACAAGCUGCACGUGGACCCGAGCUUGCCACCGCAGAUUCCGCAGCUAAAAUACCGAAUAUUUUAUUGGCGUGGCUGGCCGAUUACGGCAUUCUCUACGUAUGACCAUACAACGUUGGCCCGGGCGACCAAGAUCAAGCCGCUCGAUACGGCAGACCAGCGAUACAGACACGCGCCAAUUCACGUCGACGCUGGCGCAGCGAGCGGCAAACGCUAUGAGCUUCCCAUCGACGGCAGCGCCAUUAGUAUUCCGAAUCGGAAAAUCGGUCAUGUGAAAACUGUACAAGGCAACAUUGCGCAAUGCCAGCCGGUGACAUCGAAUCAAGGCAUUGUCCCUGGCCAGUUCCCUGAAGGCGCUGUCGACGGCGCCCGGUCGACCAAGUGGCAACCUGGUUCGGCCACCGAGCUGAGUUCCAUCACCGUGUCACUCUCCGACAGCGACCGAGGGAAGAAGAUCAUCGGCUGCUCAUUCGACUGGGCGCAGUCGCCACCAGACAGCUUCACAGUGACGUUUCACGACGAGGCCGCCGCGGCGCGAAGCAGCGAGAACAGUCAGCAUUUCACGGCGCAAAUAUCGCGCCCAUAUGGAAAGCAAGACUUUGUCUCUGCUAGCCUGCACAUGCCGCAAAGUAACACGACCGACAUUACAUUUAAGACGGCAAUCAGAGCGACCAAGUUUGCGACGUUGUUUGUGCAGGGCAACCAGGGCGGCAGCCGGGCGGGCGCCACGGUCGCGGAGUGGGCCAUUGUGGCCAGUGGUUAA